AUGGCAUCUCAAACCCUGCGACCCCAUCGUUCCCCCUCACCCUCUCCAGCUCCCUCCACGCCCACGCAUUCAACCAAUCAAGCCAAACUCACUCGCCAAUCCCUUGGCCCACCCCCUACCGCCGCAGCGUCCAGAGGCUUUGCAGGCCUGGGUAUAUCCAACGCCUUUAACGCACAACCCCGUCAUGCAAGCUCAGGCGUCACCAUGGGUCUAUCGCCCCGACCAAGCGCUGCAAGUGGUUUGCGCUCAGCGUCCGGCGCCACUCCACGUCCAAGCUCCGAGUUUAUCUCCCGAGGCGAUGCAAGAACUCCAGAAGCCGAACAAAUCGAUCAGUGGUUCAAGCACCUCGCAAGCUGGGAAGCCACCCUAGAAGAAAUGGCCGCAGCGAGCACGGACCAAAACUUUACCGAAGAAUUGGGCGCUAUCGAGCAAUGGUUCCGCGUUCUAUCCGAGGCCGAGCGAACCGCCGCCCUAUACUCGCUGCUGCAACACAGCACACCCGUUCAGAUCCGCUUCUUUCUCAGCGUCCUCCACCACAUGGCCCAGUCCGACCCCAUGACGGCGUUGCUCUCCCCCAAUCCCGCCCUAUCGGCCGGAAUGCAAGCCCAGAUGGAAGCCAAGCUCGCAGGGAGCGGGCUCAGGUCCCCUUCCGCUGGCGGUGGCGCUGGGUUCCCCGGCCCUGGCUCCCCCUACGCAGACGACCGCAACAAACUUCGUCAAAACCGCAUCUCGGCUCCCGGAACCCUCCAGCCGCAUGACCGGUGGCACGGUCAACUCGAUCAAGUCGUCGAGCGAGGCGGUUCACCCAUCUCGGACCGCAGCCGCAGCCCUACGCCCGACAUCCGCCCACAAAGUACCGACUUUACGGGUCCUCGCAUGUCGGGUGGAAUUGGGCUUGGUCUCGCCCAGCCCGAGCCUGCAUCCCCCAUGAUGAACGGCAGCUGGGCCAGCAUGACCAAUACUCCGCUCGUGCCGAGUUUUUCGGACCCGUCCAUCGACAGAGUCAACCUGGACGAUGCGCGCAACUUUCGUCGUCCGGGCGCUCGCAACGUCUCUGGUCAUUACAACGACAAUGGCGAAUUCAUCAACGCAGGCCAGCAGCCCGGUCGGGACAAUCGCAGCCCCGUCGUGGAUCAAUUCGGAUUUGGCGGCGGUGACGGUCUUGCCGGCCUUGGCAUGAACUUUGCCAAUAUGAACAUGAACCCCAUGAUGAACCCCGCGCAGAUGCUCGCGCUCGCUCAAGCGCAGCAGCUCUCGACGGCGGCGAGCUUUGCUCAGGCGGGUUAUGGCGGUUUGCGGGGGCCAGCCAAGCCACCACCUGGUCGGCGAAGCCCCAUGUUGGGCAAGUCGCCUACGCCAGACAAGGGAGGAGGAGCAGGUAGCGGCGCUGGCGUCGCUGGACCGGAUGAUGUCGACAUGCGGAUCGUCGAAGACGUUUCGCAGUGGUUACGAGUCUUGCGCCUACACAAAUACAAUUCCACGUUUGAACGAACCCCCUGGAGGGAGAUGAUUGCAAUGUCAGAGGACGACCUCAUCGCCAAGGGCGUUAGUGCGCAGGGUGCGAGGACCAAGUUCCUCAAGGUGUUUUACAAUGUCCGCACCAAGUUUGAUUUGCCUCACCCGGCGGGGUCAGAGGCGUACGCGCCGACAAAGGAGUAA